AUGGACGGGUCUCAGACACGGGAUACGGACCAGACUGGUGUGGUGCAAGAUGAAAAUCAAGAAGCGGGCUGUAACGGUGUUGACUUUGAGCAAUAUGAAGAGAAUAUUCCGAAGGACUACAGAAACUAUGCUAUACAAGCUUCACCCAGCGCCGGAUUCGCAGGUUUCGACCAAGGCUUCGGUCCCAUGGUGCUGGAGGACGGCUGCAGUCCGGCCUUUGACAAUGGGAACACGCCGAGUGAUGGGAAUGGAACGGUUUACUCUCAGUCUCUAGAUGCUACGCUGCCUUUUGAUUUCAGGGGAACUGGGUUUGACUGGCUGGAUUUUGACAUCUCGAAUCUUCAGCUGCCUAUCGACACCCAGCCGGCCAUGGAAGAACAUCCACCUCCUGCUCCAACAGUGUACAGCGUUCUACCGUCAACCAAUAUGAUGCCCCCUCUCCCAGCUCUACCCCCAAGGCCGAAAGUGUUACCCUGGCCAUUUGAACAGGGCAAAGAAUCGAGACCGUCACGAUUUCCCCUGCCCAGAUUACACGAUGUGCUGGAGCAGUCAGCGCAGCUUAGUCCAGGAGGUCAGCAGACUCCCGUCGACUGUCUAGUCCAACUGCUCUCUCAGCAGCAGCUGCCGAGUCCGAAGCAGAUAUCCUCACGCAACCUGAAUUCAGGGGUCGAUCUGCUGAAUGAGCUCAUCGAUUCCUACUUCACCGGCUUCCAAAUUAUCCAACCGAUUGUUCAUGCACCAACCUGGGCAAUCAGUGAAUGUCCUACUGUGCUUUUGGCGGCUAUGGUGUGUGUCGGAUCGGUGGUAUCCACUGAUCUCAAAUCUAGCGAGGUAUCGGAUGCUAUUGGCGAAUUCUGUGCCUCUAUGAUUACUUGGCUGGGAAUAUCUGACAGCGCCAACUACUCGAACAUUUCAUAUUUGGCAGCUUUGUGUCUACAUCAAAUAUAUUCGUUGGGAUCCGGAAACCGCCAAUUGUAUCAAAAUGCAGAUCGAACUCGUGGAGUACUCAUCGGGAGCCUACGUGGUCUGGGAUUACUGAAUGCACGACUCAAUAUUCAAGAGGAAACAGUUGAAAGCCAUGGACCUGUCAUAGACCAGACGAAUACGUACGCGGAGUGGAGGGCGUGGGCUACUCGAGAACGAGACAACCGUAUCGCCUGGGCAUCUUUCGAAUAUGACUGCAGUCUGUGUACCUUGACGAACCGUCGCGGAGCUGUCGACUUGAGCGAACUUCCGGCAAGACUGCCAUGUGCUGAAUCUCUGUGGGAAGCCCCGUCGGCGAAUGCUUGGGCUGCGUUGAAGUUUCGCUCCCCAUCCAAAGCGCAAGGGGCUAAGUUGUCCAGUGUUUUGAAAGCAACAAUGGCAGGACAGCCUCUGGGUGAACAUGUUUCCAUGUGGGGGAGAAGAUUGUGUGGCCAAGUCAUUGGGCGCCUACUUUGGGAUUUGAAGCAGCUGGAGGCAUUGUCAACGACGGACUACUUUGACCUUCCUUCGCUAUUCAAGGCUCACCAGCACUCGAAGACGUCGCUUCUUCGUGGGCUGGACUGUCUUUUGGAAUCUAUGGAGCAGCCGUGCUCUACCUCUGAUCUAGUCAGCUACAACAUCUCGUCUCUCUUAUGUCACUAUUCCCACAUGUACGCCGCAGACGACAUCAUGGACAUCAUCCUCUACAUGGUGCGGAAAAUUGUGUCCCUUGGCCCAGAAAAGGAUAAAAGUGUUGCGAUAGCACGACGCCGCCUUUCCGCCGCCAUGAAGACAGACAAGAAGCGCACACGACGUCUUUUAUGGCAUGCAGGUCAGAUUGUAGCCGUCGCCAACGAGUUUUUGGUCUCUGCCCCCUGCGAAAUCAUGCGUUUGUUCAUGGCAUACAUCUUUAUUGUGGCAUAUGUCAAGUACAGCCCUUCGUCAUUGCGGUCAGCUGACGGCGUUGGAGUCAGAUUGGACAUCAAUUGCCGUAACAUGGAGCAGAAGAAGGCAAUAAUGCAUUGGAUUCAGACAGGAGGACCUGCCCAAAUUGGCUCCGCAGCGGACAUCUUUGCGGAUGGGUCAGCGGCACUCAUCACGAGAGAUGCGCAGAACAUCUUUCAGCGACUAGGAUCUUGGGGUCUCGCCGAGAAGUUUGCCAAGAUCUUGCAAAGUUUUGAGAAUCACAGCGGAUUAUGA